GCUUAAUUUGAUUGCUAUCUUUUUUUUCCUCUGCUGUGAUGUUAUUAACAGGUAGGUUUUGAUUUUAUCCCUUUGUGGAAAAACAAAAACACAAAGCAACACCAUGAACACUGAGAAUAAUCAGACUACUACUACUCACUCGAAAGUGAUUUCACAUGUAUUCUUCACUGGUACUGCUAAGCAAGGCUCUGCUGGGCCACCCAUUGGUCUUGUCGAUAUCGGCGUCAGCGAAGUUGCUUACAUCUUCAGAGUCUCUCUCCCUGGCAUUGAGAAAAAUCAAGAUAAGAUCAAAUGUGAGAUACAGAGGGAGGGAAGAGUUUGCAUCCAAGGAGUAAUACCUGAGAUUGCGAUUCCAAGUGACACGGGAUGCUUAUACAGAAUGCAAGUGCAACAGCUCUGCCCGCCUGGUCCAUUCUCGAUCACGUUUAAUCUUCCGGGACAAGUGGAUCCUCGCUUGUUUUCUCCACAUUUUAGACCUGAUGGGAUCUUUGAAGUUGUUGUCGUCAAGCUCGGAGUACGCAUCCCAACUUCAUAGUUCCGGUUUUCAUUUAACUACCAUAUCCUCCAUGCUUAAUCAGCAUUUAGUAGCACCUGUAAGUCUUUGGGUCGGAUUCAGAGGUUAGAGACUCAAGAAUGUUCUAGUUUCUUUUUUUUUUUUUUUGUGUAAAAUCAUGUUCAAUGAUCCGAGUCCUUAAAGAUGUUCUUAGACGCAGGAAAAAGUUUUAACAAAAAAUAUUGGCUACC